AUGUUACUGUGUUUUUUGCUUCUGCUAUUAGCAAUACAAGAUAAAUGUACUGCACAAAAAAUAACACCAUUACAGGACACUACUGAAACUACUGAGGGGGAUUCAGUCACUCUCUCAUGCAAAUAUGAAGGCAAUGUACAAAAUUUACAGUGGUAUCGACAAUAUCCCGGAUCCAGACCUCAAUUUCUGCUCCUUAUCAUGGAAUCAUCUAAAAAGAGUGUAAUACCUGCAGAUCCCCCUGUCCCCAGAUUGGAUGGUGAAGUAAAUAUGGCAGAUAAACUUGUGUAUCUGGAGAUCUCAUCUGUUAAAGUCACAGACUCUGCUCUGUAUUACUGUGUACUGAGGCCCACAGUGACAGGAAACACAACAACACUGAGUGCAAGCAUGAUUUCUUAUUGUUAUCUACUUGUGCUAUUAACCUUUCUCGAUAAAUCUUUUGGCCAGUCAAUCACACAAUUGCAGAAUGAAACACGUGCCACUGAAGGAGAAACAGUCAUUCUCUCAUGCAAAUAUGAUACCCAAGUAAGCAAUUUACAGUGGUAUCGACAAUAUCAUGGAUCCAGACCUGAAUAUCUGCUUCUUGUUUAUGAGUCAAACAGUGUAAUACAUGCAGAUUCUUGUUUCCUAAGACUGAACGCUACAGUCAACAAGAUGAAGAAGCAGGUGGAUCUGAAGAUCUCCUCAGUUAAAGUCACAGACUCUGCUCUGUAUUACUGUGCACUGACGCCCACAGUGACAGGAAACACAACAACACUAUUCACCUUAUUUUCCACGACAACAAGGGCGGCGCCAUUGCGCUGA